UUGCUCGAAUGGUUCAGACCAUCCAAGAUGACUUCGGACGCAGUGUUGUUCAUCCUAGCUCUGCUGGAUUGCUCGGGGCUUCUCUUUCUAACGGUGUACUUUAUCAUCACCCUGUCUGAUUUAGAAUGUGACUACCUUAAUGCAACACAAUGCUGUUCCAAGUUAAACAAGUGGAUCCUGCCAGAGUUGAUAGCCCACUGUACCCUGACACUGUUACUGUUGGUGUCUUUACACUGGGUUCUGUUUCUCCUGAAUGCACCACUGGCAGCAUGGCACAUCUACAGGUUCUCCCAGAUCCCCAGCGGUAACACAGGAGUGUAUGAUCCCACCGAGAUCCACAACAGGGGCCAGCUCAAGACCUACAUGAAGGAGUCCAUGGCCAAACUGGGCUUCCACUUGCUCUGCUUCUUCUUGUACCUGUACAGUAUGAUUUAUGCAUUGAUAGUUGUCAGCACCUGAUGACGAAGCUGAAGAAAACCCUGCACCAGACACCACAACUUGUUCUCUAUCUGUACUGUAGAUAAAAUAGGAAAGGCCAGAUCCUGUUCAACUUAGCCAUACUUGUGUAGCAAACACUGCUUUGAUUAAUGUUAGUCUUUAAAACUACUGUUCUGCUGUAAGUGUUCAUAAUUGUCAAUUUGUGUUUAGUAUGUACGGUUAAUUGUACAGUAGUCAGUGUUUAUCAAGUAAUAUAUUAAUAAGGGCUUAAUUUAAAAACUACCAGCUCUGUACAAGUCUUCAGUACCUUUAGAAAUGAUCUGUAGAUACAAAUGUAUCAGUAGGUCUUAUGUCAUGUUUACCUUGUACUUUUACCAUACAUUUUUUGUACUUGUUGCUCUUUCUAAAGCCAGUCAUGUCGUGUUCACUUGCAACGUCAUAGGCUGUUGAUCACUGCUGUUCGUCCAUAGUGUAAGAAGUGUUUAUGAGGGCAGAAGUGCAUUAUUGAAGCCAUUUACUUACUAUGUAAUUGUAUAGGCAGGCUACUAACAUUGGGCAUUGAUAGUUUUACUAGUAUAACAUUUUGCAAUACCUGUAUCAUGGAUACUUUGUUUUGUUUGACACCAGAGAAAAGAAGACAUUAGAACCCAUUACCAUGAAUGUGCAUUUACUGUUUGAGAAUGGUGCACCGCUUUAGAGCAGUAUAUGCAAAUACUGCCAAAUUUGUAAAAUGAACCUUGCAACUACAUGUUAAUGUAUGGGAGGUUUUCUCAGUCCCAGUGUCCCCUCCUGUGUUGCAGGUUCUGGCAUUCUGUCCCAGAGUCCCAUCGGUCCUUGACCUUUGAUGACCUGAUGAUGGCUACAGGGUCAUUCAAAGAACUUUGAGGCCAGUUGUUUCACUUUCUACCAGUAGGAAUUAUUGUUUGUUGGCACGCUUGAUUGAGUGUUGCUGGAACUGUAUGUUGGUCAAUUUGUUUGGUGAACUGUUCACAGCAGAAUUUCACAUUCCUGCAAAAACCUCCCUUAGUAGUAGCCUGGGUACUAUCCUAUUUGUAUGCUGGGGGAGAAUGGGAGUCCGGCAUACAAAUAGGAUGGCACCCAGGCUACUUUAGUAGGGAAGUGUAUUGCAUUUUAAUGUACAGAACAUGCACUUUAAUUAUAACCAUGUCAUCAACGUGUCAUACUGAACAUGUUAAAAGUCAGAUGUUACCUUGUCGACGUUAUUCUAAGUCAUUAGUUUUUACAAAUAUAUUUUGUAUUCCAAUUAA